GGAAGGGGAAGAGAAGCCAUUGGUAAUGGAGAGGAAGACAUUGGAAAUUGAGGAAAGUGUGAUGAUGGAGAAGGAUGGGGGUUUGCAAAAAGGAUGCAUGAAUGAAUCAAAGAAACUGUGGGAGAUUGCAGGUCCUGUGAUUUUAGCAUCAGUCUCUGAGUUCUCCAUUUCGUUUAUCACAGCUGCCUUUGUUGGUCACUUGGGAGAGCUUGAAUUUGCUGCCGUUUCUGUUUCCCAGAAUGUCAUUGAAGGAUUUGUCUACGGAAUCAUGUUGGGGAUGGGGAGUGCUUUGGAGACACUUUCUGGGCAGGCUGUUGGUGCUGGACGUUUUGAGAUGCUUGGAAUAUAUUUACAGAGAUCAUUUGUUGUUACAUGCACUACAGCUUUGUGUUUGACUCCUGUUUACAUUUAUGCAUCGCCAUUGUUGCAGCUCAUUCGUCAAGAUAAGCGAAUUUCUGAGCUAGCAGGGCAGUACUCUUUGUGGGUAAUUCCUCAGUUGUUUGCCUAUGCAAUCAACUUUCCUAUACAGAAGUUUCUGCAAUCUCAGAGCAGGGUUUGGGUCAUGACUAUGAUUUCAGUGGCAACUUUGCUUCUUCAUGUGUUGUUAACUUGGAUUUUUGUGGCCAAACUCAAUCAUGGAAUUGUUGGUGCUGCCAUGGCUGGGAAUAUCUCCUGGUGGCUUAUGGUUUCUGCCAUGAGCUAUUAUGUUGUAUCCGGGUGUUUCCCAGCUGCUUGGAAUGGCUUUUCCCUGAUGGCUUUCAGGUCAUUAUGCAGCUUUGUGAAACUCUCACUUGCAUCAGCUGUGAUGUUCUGCUUGGAGCUAUGGUAUUAUACAGCAGUUAUUCUAAUGGUAGGAUGGUUAAAGAAUCCAGAAAUCGCUGUAGACGCCAUUUCAAUCUGCAUGAACUUGCAACUAUGGUUUGUGAUGAUUGCUCUGGGUUUCAAUGCAGCCAUAAGCGUGCGAGUGUCGAAUGAACUCGGAGCCGGACAUCCGAAAGCAACAAAAUUCGCCAUAGUUGUGGCAAUCAUAACAUCGACUACGAUGGGAAGUUUAUUCACAGUAGCAAUUGUGGCAACCAAGAACCAAUUUCCGAAAAUGUUCACAGAUAAAGCAGCAGUGAUUAGAGAGACUUCAAAGCUGGGAUUUUUUCUGGCAGCAACCAUCUUCCUCAACAGCAUUCAACCUGUUCUCUAUGGGGUUGCAGUUGGUGCAGGGUGGCAGGUUUUGGUUGCAUUGAUAAAUGUUUCAUGUUAUUACAUCUUCGGACUUCCUGUUAGUGCCUUGCUCGGCUACAAGUUUAACUAUGGCGUUUAUGGCAUAUGGUCGGGGCUGUUGCUCGGUUGCUUUAUGCAGACGUUGUUUCUGUCUUGCCUGAUAGCCCGAACCAAAUGGCAGAAAGAGGCUUUGCUAGCUGAAGCUCGCAUGAAAACAUGGGGCAGUAAACCCAAUGAAUGAAGCUGAUUAGAUUCAAAUACAGGAGAAGCCAUAUUUGAUUUUUCAAUGAAG